AUGAAGAAGGAAGAAGAGUCGGCCAAGAAGAAGAAGCCAAAGACAUCACCGGCGCAACUUAGGGUGCAAAAAGAUCUCACCGAACUCGAGCUACCAAAGACGAUGAGGACGGACUUCCCUGACCCAGCAGACGUCCUCAAUUUCACUCUCACAAUCGAACCAGACGAGGGCAUGUACAAGACUGGCUCCUUCAAAUUCACAUUCGCCAUCAACAACAACUACCCACACGACCCUCCCAAGGUUAAAUGCACGCAAAAGAUCUACCAUCCAAAUGUCGACCUUGAGGGCAACGUCUGCCUCAACAUCCUUCGAGAGGACUGGAAGCCCGUUCUCAACCUAAAUUCGGUCAUGGUUGGGCUGCAGUACCUGUUCCUGGAACCAAAUGCUGACGACCCAUUGAACAAAGAGGCGGCGGAGGACCUUCGCAAAGAUCGAUCCGUAUUCGCAAGCAAUGUACGAAGGAGUCUUGCCGGUGGCGCUAUCAGGGCGACCAACGUCGAGCUGAUCAGCAACAUGCGCAAUCACUCGCUGAUCACCUCAUCACGCGUAUUCGAGGCCAUGACCAAAGUCGACCGUGCCAACUACGUGCCAUCCAAAAGGUCCGCCUACGAAGAUUCACCGCAGAGUAUCGGGUUCGGUGCGACGAUCUCUGCCCCACACAUCCAUGCGCUUGCGGCGGAGAAUCUUCUUCCCUUCCUCCAACCCGGUGCAAAAGUCCUCGAUGUAGGUUCUGGUUCCGGUUACACCCUUGCUAUUUUCCACCAUCUCGUGAAGGGGAAUGGAAAAGUGGUCGGUAUCGAUCAUAUCCAAGCACUGGUCGAUCAAGCGAAUACGAAUCUGGGCAAGGACGGGCUGCAUGGCGAGUUGAAAAAUGGACAGAUCGUGAAUGCCUGCGGGGACGGCAGGAGUGGCGUGGAAGCGGAAGCACCGUUUGAUGCGAUUCAUGUCGGGGCGGCUGCUCCGGGAUUCCCGGAAGCUUUAGUGGAUCAGUUGAAGGCUCCGGGCAGGAUGUUCAUUCCGGUCGAAGAACAGGAUGGUUCUGGAAAUCAGAACAUCUAUCAGGUCGAUAAGGGGGAGGAUGGUGAGGUGAAGAGGAAGAAGAUCUGCGGUGUGGUGUAUGUGCCAUUGACAGAUGCUGACAAGCAGUGGAGGUCGUAG